GUUGAAAGCAAAUUGAAACCUUGGAUUUCACUAUUUGCCAGAUAAAGUGUUGAAAUAAAUAACAAAGCCGAAUCGGAAAAUAUUGUAUACCCUAUACAUAUGGCUAUACGUAAAUAUUGUUCAGUAAGAAUAAACAGUGAAUACAACAGUAAAUAAGUCCCCAAGGUGUAUAUUGCUGAAAGUUCGCAAAAAUACAAAAAACGUUGAAAAAGCAAACUGAAAACGUGUGUUUAAAGAAGUUAAAAAACGUAUUUUCUUGCGUGAAAAAAGUUGAAGUGUCACACUCGCAGCUCCACUAAACAACCGGUUGCUUUGCCGCUGCUAAAUAACGAAAACACUGAUGAGAGCCUCUGAAAUUACUAACUAAAAGUGUCAUAAAUAAAUUAAUUAGCAAAAGUAAGUGCAAACAUUUAGCACACACUGUGUAUUUUUGGCAAGUUCUAUGUUUGAGCAACAAAAUUAGCAAUUUGUUUAGCUGCUUACCACACCGCCAUUUUCCAAUGAAAAUCGAGACAUCAACCAGCAGCAAACUUCCAAACGCAAAAUUUACAAAAUACAAAUUUUCAUUGUUAAAUUAAAAUAAUAACUAAAUAAAUAUUACCAAGUGCAAUAAUGCUCUAACACGCUCAAAAAUAAAGUGUCAUUGCCGCCGCUCUUGCUAAUACAACUUGGCAAGGAAUAAGCACAAAAGUCCGCGUGCAAACAAAGAAAUCUCAUUCCAAUGUUGUCUUGUCUGGUGCCGUCGUCAUCACGUUUUGGCCAAGAGGAUAAUAUAAUAAACCAAAGUAUGCCAUCAUCACCAGCGUUCGCCGUGCAAUUUCCCUCAUUGGCAUCCAGUUUACACCAUCCACACCACCAAAACAGUUCGAAGAGCAGCAGUAACGCUGAGGAGGAGAACACCUCCAUGCCGGGUCCGAUUUCACCACACACAGAUUUUAUGGUGAAAUGCCCCAAGCGACUAGGGUUUCAGUCUUUGAGCGAACACAUCGCCUGCGAACAUCCACAUGAGACACUUAAUUCAGAACAUGUUCCAUCCAGUCUUGCCUACCACCACCGCAAUCACCACCAUCAGUUACACAACCACCAACAGCACCUUCACCAACUCCAACAAUCUUACGCACAAGAUAGCAUCGUCGAUAUUGACGACGAUAACGAGGAUAACGACGACAACAGCAGUAAUAGCAAUAGCAACAGCAGCAAUAUAAAGUUUACAAAUUCGCCAAACCAAUAUAGUAAUAACAACAACGAUAGCAAUAUUAAAAAUAAUAACAAUAGUAUUACAAAUAUUGAAUACGAGCGUCGUUCACCGGCAACACCGGGCGCUACCAACCACAAUUCCACCAACACCGCGCUCAACAACUCCAACUCACCCGAUACCAAGCCAAGCAAACAGCAACAGCAAACAAAUAUGAUACCAAAUGUCACGCCCACCGUCUCGCCCACACCACCGAACGAUCUCAGCGCUGCCACAUCGCCAUUCGCCGCAGCUGCGGCCGCGGCGGCAGCAGCAGCAGCCGCUGCACAACACCAACUACCGCCUUUACCGCCACAUCUCACACAUCCGCAUGGCAUGCAUCCUCAUCUGCCAGCUGCGGCGCAACUAAUGGCUGCCAUGGCCGCGAUGCAAGCGCAGCAGCAGCAAAACGGUGCGAACAACGGCUUGCAUAACGGCGGUAUGGGAGCUGGUGGAGGUGGCGUCGGUGUGGCCUCCAAUCCAACUGCACACACCUCACCCACCAGCCAGUUGCUGGCCUUGGCCAACAACGGACAUCAUGCGGCCGCGCAUGCGCUGGCGGGCAGCCACAAUGGCGGUGGUGCCGGUAGCGUCUACGACAUGGACGCGGCGCGCUCAACCUCAAGCCCCGGUUCAAUCGGCGGCAGCGAACCUGCCUACCACUGCGUACAAUGCCCAGCGACAUUCCAGACGCGCGAACAGCUGGAGAAGCACGAGGUGCUGCAUUCGCCCAGUGCGCAGACGCAAACGUCAAACCAAAAAACGAAAAUCAGUGCCUAA